AUGGAUGCCAGGCUUCUCGAAGCAAUUGCAGGAAACGAUGCUUUGGCUUUUACCCAUUUGGUUCGAGAGAAUGAAACCAUUCUUGAACAAACAACUGCCAACGGACUGAACACAGCUUUACACCUUGCUUUGAAGUUUGGAAGCAACAAUUUGGUGAUGGAAAUCAUUAAGUUACGACUAAGUUUGGUGGCAACAUUGAAGAGUAAUGGGCAUCUGAAUGUGGUAAAGGUGCUUUUGAAUCAACCCUGGUUGGAAGGAUUAGAAGAUGAUGCUGAUCUAACUACUGCUCAUGAGGCUGCAUCAAAAGGGCAAAUUGAAAUAUUGAGGGAGAUAAUAAAUAUCUACCUGGAAUUGGGGCGAAAGGUUGACAGAAAUGGACGUUCAGCUCUGCACUCUGCUUGCAGUAAAGGGCGGUUGGAUAUAACCAAAAUGCUUCUGCAGUAUGAUCUGGACCUUGCUUUUCAGUUCGAUAACAAUGGUUAUACACCAUUGCACUUGGCACCAAUGAAUGGUGAUACUGGAAUUCUUAAAGCAUUUAUGUCAAUCCGUUCAAUGUCUCACACAAGAUGGAGAUACUGUAUUUCAUCUUACAGCAAGCUGGCAGACUACAUCGUGUACAAAGCAAAUGUGGAUGUCAAUUAUCGAAACUAUAGGGGACAUACAAUGCUUGAUAUCCUCAAUGAAGCUGGAUGCACUUCAGAAAUUCAGCUUUUGAAAGAGAAGAUAAAAAGAGCAUGUGGUAGGACAGGUAUAGCACUUCUUCAAAGACAAAGGGGAACUCUUGGAGCAGCUUUCGCCGGUGUAAUUGUGAUGCUGGUUGAACACUGGUUACGGAGGCUGAAGUGGAUAAAAGAACGAAAGAGAGACCUCAGAAGGGAAAGGAUAGCUUCCUUUAAUUCAGACAUGGAGAGUUGCUACCACCGAGUUUAUCAUUCAUUUUGA